GCAGCGUUCUUCCCGGGUCCCCAUCUUUGCUCCGGAUAGGCGCCAGGAUUCACCAUGAACCGGUGCGCCGAGGCGGCCGCAGUAGCUGCCACGGUGCCGGGCGCAGGCGUCGGGGACGCAGGGCUGCGGCCACCCAUGGUGCCCCGCCAAGCGUCCUUCUUCCCGCCGCCAGUGCCCAACCCCUUCGUUCAGCAGACGCGGAUCAGUGCGGCCCGACGGCUGCAGAUCAUUCUUCUUGGAAUAAUUCUGCUUCCAGUUCGUGUUUUAUUAGUUGCAUUAAUUUUGUUAAUGGCUUGGCCAUUUGCUGCAAUUACAACAGCAUGCUGCCCUGAAAAGCUGACCCAUCCUAUGAGUGGUUGGAGGAGGAAGGUUACUCAGCCAGCUUUGAAGUUUUUGGGUCGUGCCAUGUUCUUCUCCAUGGGAUUCAUGGUUACCGUGAAAGGAAAGAUUGCAAGCCCCUCGGAAGCACCCAUUUUUGUUGUUGCCCCCCAUUCAACAUUCUUCGAUGGCAUUGCCUGUGUUGUAGCUGGGUUGCCUUCUCUGGUGUCACGGAAUGAGAAUGCACAGACUCCACUGGUCGGCAGACUGUUACGGGCAGUGCAGCCAGUUUUGGUGUCCCGGGUUGACCCAGAUUCCCGAAAAAACACAAUAAAUGAAAUAAGAAAACGAGCAACAUCAGGAGGGGAAUGGCCCCAGAUACUAGUUUUCCCAGAAGGUACUUGUACUAAUCGCUCCUGUUUGAUUACUUUUAAACCAGGAGCCUUCAUCCCAGGAGUUCCAGUGCAGCCCAUCCUCCUCCGAUACCCAAACAAGCUGGAUACUGUGACCUGGACAUGGCAAGGAUAUACAUUCAUCCAGCUGUGUGUGCUAACUUUCUGUCAGCUCUUCACAAAGGUGGAAGUUGAGUUUAUGCCUGUUCAAGCACCAAGUGACGAGGAAAAGAAUGAUCCUGUUCUUUUUGCCAGUAGAGUUCGGAAUCUAAUGGCAGAAGCUUUGGCAAUACCAGUAACGGACCACACCUAUGAAGACUGCAGGCUGAUGAUCUCAGCAGGACAGCUAACAUUGCCUAUGGAAGCUGGACUGGUAGAAUUUACUAAGAUUAGCCGGAAAUUGAAAUUAGACUGGGAUGGCAUUCGGAAGCACUUGGAUGAAUAUGCAUCUAUUGCGAGUUCCUCAAAAGGAGGCAGAAUUGGAAUCGAAGAGUUCGCAGAAUACUUAAAGUUACCCGUUUCAGAUGUCUUGAGACAACUUUUUGCACUCUUUGACAGGAAUAACGAUGGCAGUAUUGACUUCCGAGAGUAUGUGAUCGGCCUGGCUGUCUUAUGCAACCCUGCCAACACAGAAGAGAUCAUCCAGGUGGCAUUUAAGCUCUUUGAUGUUGAUGAAGAUGGCUACAUAACAGAGCAGGAGUUUUGCACCAUUCUACAGGCUUCUCUUGGAGUGCCCGACCUUGAUGUUUCUGGUCUCUUCAGGGAAAUUGCCCAAGGGGACUCUGUUUCCUAUGAGGAAUUCAAAAGUUUUGCCCUAAAGCACCCAGAAUAUGCCAAGAUAUUUACAACGUACUUAGACCUCCAGACUUGCCAUGUAUUUUCAUUGCCAGAUGAAGUUCAGACAGCCCGGUCUAUUGCUAGUAAUAAAGUCAGCCCCGAGAACCAUGAGGAGGGCACCUCAGACAAAAAGGUCGAUUGAAUCAGUGUUCCCGAUGAAGAAAGCUGUGCUCUUGCCGGAUACUGGAAAUAAGCAAUGAUGUCCAAAACAGAAAGCUUUUUUUUUUUUUUUUUUUUUUUUACUGAGAUGACAUAUUUUCCUCUCUAAAAUGCUCUCAUUAAUCUGCAUAUAUCAAGCAAAUUCCUUUUGUCUUAUACUGUGCUUUUACUGGUGAUAAAUGUUGUAUAUUUGUAUGAAUUUUUCAGUUUAAUUUCCUUAAUAAACUCAUUGGUCUUA